AUUGUUUCCUUGCAUCAAAUAAACGCAGCUCCAGAUAGGUUUUAGGUUUUAUUUUUUUUUUAAGGAAAGUACUGCGGCUGGAGAUAAAUCGUUUGCCGAUUUAAAAUAGGGCGCAUUGGGGAUCACACGUGAGAGUUUGGGAAAGUUGGGAGUCCAGCACACCUGGUUUUGAUCUUACCGUGUUCACCGCUGAGUAUACUUUCAAAGCAACGAAGUGAACACAUUCAGUCAGUUUUGUGCAGAUCGGCUUUCUUAACUGCUUAUUGCUUAGAAAACUAUCCGAGGUUGGGCAAUCAAAAUCUUCGGCGGAAGGAAACUCAAAGGUCUAUGGAGCAAAGUUUAAAACAGGAUCCUUUGACUGCUGCAGUAUUGUGAAGUUUGGAAAGGGAACAUUUACUCGGAAACUACAGUGACAUGUUAGCAGCCAUGGCGAUUAAAGUAUUUUUGCCGUUGUGUGAAUAAGCGCAUUAUACAAUGGACACUCAGAGGAACGGGUUCGUCAAAAGAGAUACUUUCAUUCUCUCUGUUGAUGUAGGGACAACCUCCGUCAGGUGCCAUGUGUACGAUAAGAGUGCCAACAUCCGUGGAUCAUGCACUGCGGAGGUGUCCCUUCUGUAUCCUCAACCUGGGUGGGUAGAGAUUGACCCUGAAGAGCUGUGGAAGGGCUUUGUCACUGUAGUUAAAGGAGCUGUUCAAGACUCAGGCUUACAGAUGUGCCAAAUGGAAGGUCUUGGCAUCUCAACCCAGAGAGCAACAUUCAUGAACUGGGACAGGAACACAGGAAAGCCAUUUCAUAAUUUUAUCACCUGGCAGGACUUGAGGGCAGCAGAGUUAGUGAGAUCGUGGAACAGGUCUUGCACUAUGAAGAUGGUACAUGGUGUGUUGAAGAUGCUGCACUUCAUCACCAGGCAGAAAAGAUUUCUUGCUGCCAGCCUGGUAGUUUUUACCACCCAGCAUGUGUCAUUGCGCCUUGUUUGGGCCUUAAACAAUAUCCCUCAGUUAAGGCAAGCAAUUGAAGAUGGCACCUGCUAUUUUGGGACCAUGGACACCUGGUUGCUAUACAAACUCACUAAAGGCACAGUUCAUGCGACAGACUACUCUAAUGCCAGUGCAACAGCAAUAUUUGAUUCUUAUCAGUUGUGCUGGAGUGGAUUUCUUUGCUCACUCCUCUCCAUACCUCUCUCCAUCCUCCCCAGUGUGCAAAACACAAGUCACAAUUUUGGCUCUUCUGAUCCAUCCAUAUUCGGGGUGCCCAUCCCAAUCAUGUCUGUUAUGGCUGACCAACAGGCAGCCAUGUUUGGAGAAUGUUGUUUUGACACGGGUGAUGUGAAAAUCACAAUGGGCACCGGGACCUUCAUGGACAUUAAUACAGGGAAUAAGCCACACACGUCUGUGGCUGGACUUUAUCCUCUGGUGGGCUGGAAGAUUGGUGCUGAUGUUGUGUAUCUGGCUGAGGGUAAUGCUGCUGGAACAGGUGCUGCUAUUAAAUGGGCACAGGAUUUAGAGCUCUUUUCCAAUGUAAAGGAGACGGAGGCCAUAGCCACUAGUGUGGAAGACUCAGAUGGAGUGUAUUUUGUCCCCUCGUUCAGUGGACUUCAGGCCCCUCUGAAUGAUCCAAAAGCCUGUGCUUCUUUUAUGGGCUUAAAGCCUUCUACAACCAAGAGCCACCUGGUCCGAGCCAUUCUAGAGUCAGUAGCAUUCAGGAACAAGCAGCUCUAUGAUGUCAUGCUCAGAGAAACACGCAUUCCCAUCACUAAAAUUAGGGCGGAUGGAGGUGUAUGCACUAAUGACUUCAUUAUGCAACUGACAGCGGAUCUGUUGGGUCGUAAGAUAGCACGUCCAACUCACUAUGACAUGUCCUGCCUUGGGGCUGCUUUUGUUGCAGGGCUAGGAACAGGCUUCUGGAGGAACCAGGAGGAGCUCAAGAAGCUUCAGAACACUGACCAACUCUUCCUCCCUCAAAGGUGUAAAGCAGAAGGUGACAAGAAAGGGCAAUAUGGAGAUGUACUACAGAGUUGGGAGAUGGCUCUUCAGCGGUCCAUGCACUGGUACAACCAGCCCUGAUUAGCUAGAAUACAAGCCAUUGCUCUGUAGAAGACAAUAACUCCCUGUGCUUGUGAACAGUUGUGGGGCGAUUCUUAGAGUAGCAAGUUUCUAACUGAGAAGAACACUUGAACAGCGUGUAUUUCCAAGCUGGAGCUCAUUUUGGAAACUCGCACAUCAAGAGUUAGUCAUGGAUUAUUAGUUUUGCCUGAUCACAAUGUGUUUUAGAGAUUUACAACUUGUUCUUGCAAAUCCAGGUCAAGUUGUGAAUCUAGUGGUAUUAUUAUGACUAGGUGGCGGGCUGCAUUAUGAUUCCUACUUCAGAACAAAAGGUAGGUGUAGUAUUUUUUUUAUUUGCCAUUUGCUGAUUCAGUCAAUUAGGCAAUUAAAGGGAUAGUUCAACCAAAAAUGAUAAUUCACUCAUUUACUCACCCUUAUGCUGUAUCAAACUUGUAUAACUUUCUUCUGUGUAACACAAAAAAUAUAUAUUUUGUUGGAAAUACAAUGUCUUUUUGUCCAUACAAUGCAAGUGAAUGGUGACCAAAACUUUGAAUCUCCAAAAAGCACAAAGGUGGCAUAAAAGUAAUCCAUAAAACAUGGUUUAAUUUUUAUCUGAAGUGAUCCAAUCAGUUUUGGGUGAGAACAGACCAAAAUGAAACAACUCUAGCUUGUGAAGCGUUAUGAAGUAUAAUCGAUCUUGAAAUCAUGAUUGUGCCAAGAGGACUGCUGAUGUCAAGAUUUAUAGUGUAAAAGGAGAAAUAUUUUGGUCUGUUCUGACCCAAAACCGAUUGGA